CACUCUUCGUCUCCUCACUCCCACCUCUCUCUCCUCUCUCUCUCUCUCUAAAAACCUUCCAUUCCUCUUCCGUUUCUCAACUAAAAUGUCUUCUCAAAAUGUCAUCUUCCUCGUUUCACCAUCUGGGUUUUCUUCUCUCUUCUCAAAUCUCCAGCUUUUCUUCACUCUCAUCACUUUUCUUGCUGUGUUUUGCUUCUGGCUCUCUCCUGGUGGCCUCGCUUGGGCCCUUUCCAAGGCCAAAACAACCUCGAAAUCUGCCAUUCCUGGCCCUUCCGGGGUACCCCUUUUGGGGCUUGUGUUUAGUUUCACCACUGGCUUGACUCACAGAGCUUUAGCCCAGAUGAGCCAGAGUUUCAAAGCUCUGAAUUUGAUGGCAUUCUCAGUUGGGUUGACCCGGUUUGUGAUUUCUUCCAGACCCGAGUCGGCAAAAGAGAUUCUUAACAGCUCCGCGUUUGCUGAUCGGCCCAUUAAAGAAUCUGCAUAUGGGCUGUUGUUUGACAGAGCAAUGGGGUUUGCUCCUUAUGGUGAGUAUUGGAGGAACCUGAGGAGGAUUUCAGUGACCCAUUUGUUUGGUCCUAAAAGGGUCGCUCACUUUGGUGAGUUCAGAAGAGAGAUUGGUGUUGAAAUGGUCUCAGAAAUCAAGAACUUGAUGGUGAAAAAUGGUGCAGUUGAGGUCAAAAAAGUGCUUCAUUUUGGGUCAUUAAACAAUGUGAUGAAGACCGUGUUUGGCAAAAAAUAUAAUUUCAAUAAAAAUGGUGAUGGUGUUGAACUCGAAGGACUAGUGAGUGAAGGGUAUGAGUUACUUUCCGUGUUCAACUGGAGUGAUCAUUUUCCUGUAAUAGGGUGGUUGGAUUUGCAAGGUGUGAGGAAGAGAUGUCGAGAUUUGGUUGCCAAAGUGAAUGUUUUUGUGGGGAAGAUUAUUCAAGAACAUAGGGCUAAGAGGGCUGAGGGGAUUGUUGCUGUUGAUGAAGCUUCUGGUGAUUUUGUUGAUGUUUUGCUUGAUUUGGAGAUGGAGAAUAAGCUCACUGACUCUGAUAUGAUUGCUGUUCUAUGGGAAAUGAUCUUUAGGGGUACUGAUACUGUGGCAAUCCUCCUGGAGUGGAUUCUUGCGAGAAUGGUUCUGCAUCCGGAGAUUCAAGCCAUGGCUCAAUCUGAAAUUGACAGGGUUGUUGGCAAAAAUCGAAUUGUUUCUGAUGCAGACCUCCAAAGCCUUCCUUACCUGAAUGCGAUUAUCAAGGAAACUCUCAGGGUUCACCCUCCAGGCCCUCUCCUCUCUUGGGCUAGGCUUGCGAUUCACGACACUCAUGUUGGCGAGCACUUUAUUCCAGCUGGGACGACAGCUAUGGUGAACAUGUGGGCCAUCACCCAUUCUGAUGAUAUAUGGUCCAAACCAGAGGUGUUCAGGCCUGAGAGGUUCUUGGAGGAGGAUGUGGCCAUUAUGGGCACUGAUCUCAGGUUGGCUCCGUUUGGCGCUGGGAGGAGGGUGUGCCCUGGUAAGGCCAUGGGCUUAGCCACUGUUCAGCUCUGGCUAGCCCAGUUGCUUCAAAGCUUUGACUGGUACAAUGCUGUCGAUGAUCAUGGUGUCGAUCUGUCCGAGCGCUUGAAGCUGUCAUUGGAGAUGGAAAAGCCUUUGGUGUGCAAAGCUGUGGCUAGGGUUUGAAAAAUGACAGUGCUUCACUAUGCUCUACUCUAUGAUUUUGGGAUGCUUUGAUUACCAUGGGGCAGAUUAUAUCAUAUCAUAUUAUAGAUUACUCUUAUUUAUUAUCUGUUAUUUUAGUAUUCCAAAACAGUAUCCCAGUUUCUGUUUGGUAAGUCUGUUUAAUUAUUAUGAAUUGUGUUAGUUUUGUCCGGGGACAGAUUGUGUAAGGACAUGUUUGGCUGUAGUGUUAUGGCAAUAUGAUAUUAUGUGCUUUAUAUUUA